AUGCGUACUUCUCUCGGUGAAACAAUCCUUCCAGAAGGUUUAGCGAAAAACAUGCAUGUUCAGCUUUCUGACAAAGUGCGGAAAUUCUCUAAACGUCUCUGCCUCGCGGGCGUCUUGGCUAGCGAUGACGCUGGCUCACGCCAAUACGCGGACUGGACUCGAGAAACAUGUCAAGCUAUUGGCGUAGACUUUUGUCUCGUAUGUUUGUCGCCUAGAAAUGUGGCAACAUACAUCAAGGCGCUCAACACAAACCCCUGUAUUGACGGCAUCAUCGUGUAUUAUCCGAUAUUUGGAGACUCGAGAGAUGAUGAUGUGAAAAUUCUCGUCAAUCAUGGCAAGGAUGUUGAGGCUCUCAACUGCAGGCCUACGCUUCAAUUCCCCGAAGUUACGGAUAGUCCAGGGCAACCUUGUCUGGCGCCCACACUAGUGCCAUGCACGGCGAGGGCCAUUGAAUCCAUUCUACAUAUGAUUGGAAUCUAUGAUCAGAGUGUCCCCACGAAGCAACAACUAGGGGGUGGGAGAUCCGAUGUUGUCGGACUUCCCCUCGCCCGAUUGCUGGCGGGCCAGGGAGCUCGUGUCUACAGUGUCGAUGUUGCAGGGGUCCAGCUCUUCCAAUUACAAAGCUCUUCAUGUGGGGUGGAUGAGAUACAAAGUUUGGCCACCGAGUGGACGCUGCAAGACGCCGUGAAGAUGUCUGGCGUGAUCAUCUCGGCGGUCCCGCACCCUGCGUUCAAGGUGGACACCGAAUGGCUUCAGAGUGGGGCUAUCUGCAUCAACGUUUCUUCAUUCAAGAAUUUCAAGUCAGAUGUCCUUGAGAUUGCCUCUAAAUUCAUGCCGCGCGUUGGAAAGUUGACUAUAGUUGCUCUGUUGAGUAAUCUCCUCCUUUGUGCAGACAAACAUUGA